CCCACCAAUCAUACGAUAUCUAACAGCAGGGAAUCUUAAGUAUAAAACUGCCUGAGAGGCUGAACAUCUGUCCACUGCUGUUUGGAGAGAGUUGUUGUACAGGUGCCGUCCAUUCCCAAAUGUGUAAACGUCUACAAAGACACAUCAGGAAACAUGUUUAUCCUUCUUUAUCUGAGCUUUUGGAGUGUGUUGGGGUCACACAGUCAGACCCUGAGUGCAAGAACAACAGCUACAACAAUAACAUCACGAGCAUUUGUGACGGCUGGAGACGACAACGGCCAGUGCACAACCUGUCAGUUUAGACAGCAGAGUAAACUCAUGCGCCUGCACUCCAUUAAGUCUCAGAUUCUGAGCAUCCUGCGUCUAGAACAGGUUCCAAACAUCAGCAGAGACACGGUCAAGCUACUCUUACCCAAAGCACCUCCACUGCAGGAGCUCCUGGACCAAUAUGAUCAAAAUGGAGGCAUUAGUGAGGAUGAGGAACAAGGCAGCAGUGAAACCAUCAUUACCAUGGCCACAGAACCUCAAGCAAUCACUCAAUCUGAGGGAAUGCCGAAGUGUUGCAUGUUCUCACUGAGCCCAAAGAUUAUGCCUAACAGCAUCCUCAAGGCCCUGCUCUGGAUCUACCUCCGACCAGUAGAGGAGCCAACCACAGUCUUUAUCCAGAUAUCUCACCUUAAGUCUUUGUCUGAAGGGAACAACCACUCAAGAAUACGUGCACAAAAAAUUGAUGUGAACGCCCGGACAAACUCCUGGCAGCACAUCGACAUGAAGCAGCUAUUGCAGUUGUGGCUCAAACAGCCUGAGAGUAACUUCGGGAUAGAAAUCAAGGCCUUUGAUGCAAAUGGAAACGAUCUGGCUGUGACCUCCGCAGAAUCUGGAGAAGAAGGACUG